CCCUUUUCCGUAACUCGCGCCUCUUGAACAAGCGAUCCGCUUAUGUCACAGCAGCGGCGGCAGCAGCGCCAGUCGGUCCGGCGGAGCUGAGGAGGACGGGAACGACGAUGGCGACCAUCAACGCGAUUCUUUAACAGUCAAUUCGUUUGGGAAAAAAACACAUCUCCCGCCGACGGAGCCAGCUCUACAAUGGAAGGACAUGUUUUCCCCGACCAAGAGCAGCUCUUGCUGUUUCUGAGGAGGCUCAAGGAGGUUUUCGACGUGUGUGACGAGGAUGCUGACGGCUUCAUCCGGGUGGAGCACUUGGUGGACCUCGGUCUUCAGUUCGGUCAAGGAGACGAGGUGAAGAAGUUGACCAGGUACCUGGAUCCUAACGCUCAUGGGAAAAUCAACUUCAAAGACUUUUGCCAUGGAGUCUUCGCCAUCAAAGGGUGUGAGGAGAUACUGAAGAUGGCUGUGGGUCCUCGCAGUGUUACCUCCAACCAGCCGUCUGUUACUGACAAUGGUUACAUUUACCAGAACAGCGAGGCUAAGCUGGGCCCUCCCAUCAUCAUGUGUACGCGGUCCUACCCAGAAUGCAGUGCAUAUGGUGAGGGUUGUGGUGCUGACGGGGAGUGUGACAUGGACAGCAGCGCUGAAAACGGCAACAGCUCGGACUUUCUGGACCCAACACGGCAAAACAGGCACCUGAUUGGCUCCGCAUCUGCGUCCGUCAUCUCCGGGGAGGAGCAGUUUGAGGACUACGGUGAGGGGGAGGAUGUGGAUUUCACUCCCAGCAGUCCUUGCCCCGAAGAUGACACCCGAACAAAUGGCUUCUCAGACCUGGGGUCCUCCCUUCCCUCCAGUGCUGGGCAGACUCCUCAGAAGAUGCGGCAGCUGUACAACAGUGAGCUGCUGGACAUCUACUGUUCUCAGUGCUGCAAGAAAGUGAAUCUACUCAAUGACCUGGAGGCUCGUCUUCGAAACCUCAAGGCAAACAGCCCUAAUAGAAAGAUUUCCAGCACAGCAUUUGGACGUCAGCUGUUCCAGGCCAACCACAGUGUGUUUGGGUCCAGUCAGGGCAGCAGCACAGAGGAUCUGUUCACAGACAGCAUCGACUCCUGCGACCUCGACAUCACAGAGAAAGUCAGUUAUCUGGAGAAGAAGGUGACAGAGCUGGAAAGUGACAGUCUGGCCAACAGUGAUCUCAAGUCUAAACUCAAACAGGAAAACACACAACUGGUACACAGGGUGCACGAGCUGGAGGAGCAGGUGAAGGAUGCAGAGGCGAAGGCAGACCAGAGUUUGGAGGAGGAGGCGAAGAAGCACCGUGAGGCUUACAGCAAGAUGGAGCGGGAGAGAAACCUAGAGAUAGACCUGCUCUGUAACAGGGUGCAGCAGUUAGAAGAAGAGAAUGGAGAGAUGAAUUCAAAUGUGUGCAGACUCAAGUCUCAGACUGAGAAACUGGACCAGGAGAAGCAGAGGAUGACAGACAAACUGGAGGACACUAGUCUGAGACUGAAAGAUGAGAUGGACCUCUACAGGAAGAUAAUGGACAAGCUCUGGCAUAACCGCCAUGAGUUUCAGAAGGAAAAGGAGGCCAUGCAGGAGUUGAUUGAUGAUCUCCGCCGGGAGCUGGAGUAUCUGCAGUGCUUUAAGCUGGAGAUGGAGCAUCCAGGAAAGGGCAAGGGUCUGUCUGAGUACAACGCCAGGACCAGAGAGAUCGAGAUGGAACAUGAAGUCAAAAGACUGAAACAGGAGAACCAUAAGCUGCGGGAUCAGAACGACGACCUGAACGCUCAGAUUCUCAGUCUGAGUUUGUACGAGGCUAAGAACCUGUUUGCCUGUCAGACCAAGGCUCAGUGCCUGGCUGCUGAGAUUGACAACGCAUCCAGGGAUGAGCUGGUCGACGCUUUGAAGGAGCAGGAGGAGAUCAACCUGCGUCUGAGGCAGUACAUGGACAAAAUCAUUCUGGCCAUUCUCGACCAUAACCCCUCCAUCCUGGAGAUCAAGAGUUAAACACCACGCACACGCACAUCCUUGUAAUACUGUAGUUGUGGGGAUAUUCCAUUACCUGACUAUUCGCUUGUACCUUAAAGUUAUAAUCCUUAAGAUUUCAGUCCUGGUUGAUUUGAUGAUGCCUGUGGUUACUGUGGCAACAGCAAGUUCAGUUGUAGGGCACCUACACAACAGGUCCCAGACCUCUGGGGGCAGCAGUCACUCUCUGAGUAGCCAUUUUGUCAGAAAUGCAACAGAAGAGCGGCCGGUGUAUCUGUUUACAGUGCAUCCAAACAAACUGAAAUGUUCCAUCAUGCCACGAACUGCCAUCUAAUUCUUGCCCAAUAUGGUGCAAGUAGUUACUCCUCCAUAAUAUUUAAAAGGGACUUGCUGUCAGACAAAGCAGAAGACUACCACGUGUUGUUCUGGAGACACAUUUUUGAUGAAUGACCAGGGCUAGCGCUACCCUCUGUUUUCUGUCUUCACAGUGAAAGCUGUUCCAUGUUUUGCUUUACAUUCGGAAAUGUUGGGUUAGCAUUAGCAGUAACUUAAUACAGCUGUGAUUAUGGCAUUAGAGUUAACAAAAAACAUGGAGAUUAAUUUACAAACAGUAACACUGGAUUAUAGGCUGCAUCAUUUGUGAAUUCCUUGUGCAUGUGGAGGCAAUUUGAAUCAAGCACUGGAAUGGCGGACUCCGCCACUAACGGCAGAGACUACUAUAUAGAGAAUGUAAAUACAUUUAGCUAUUGCUGAAAUGCAGACCAUAAAUAGAAUCAAAAACUGGGUUUGAUUUCAUACAAAUCUUAAGGAUUAUAACUUUAAACUGGCGCCUAAAUUAUGAAUGUCCUAAAUGUUGUCACUGCUUAUGACUUGAAACUGUUGCUCACAAAUGUAGUUACUCGGGUGCACACAUACACAGUAUAUCUACACCACCACAGCAGACGAUCUUCAUAACCACUAGAACCAAACACUUAUUGAUGAGGCAAUCUGCCAGUCACUGUAGGACUACUGUGCCAUGUUUAAUCUAUCCACCAGUGUUUUAUAAUUGUAUAUUUGAAACUACUGAAAUGUGGGGAGUGGAAAAUAUUUGGGAAUAUACAAAAAAGUAUUUUGAUGUUCACUUUUUUUCUUGUAGACACAGUACUAAUUGCUCAAUACAGAGCUCUACAAUGAUUGAUUAAAACUGGGCUGUUGCUCAUUGGCGGUCCAGACUAAAACAUGCUACAUUUAAGAAGUGUAGGACAUAAAACCGCUAGUGAUUUAAAGGGCCAUUCCAGUGUUUUGCACGUUCUCUACAAACAAUUUUCCAAAGCAGUAGUAAAUACAUGUUUUAGAAUUUUGAAUGUUUUUUUACCUUAAGGCAACUGUUAGUUUUCUUCAUUUCAUAGUGGUAUGAAAAUCUAUUUUUAGGGACAUCAUGUUUUCCUAUUGAUGUCUGAGUCAAAAUAUUGUGUGGCAUUGCUGAGCAGAUUCAUUGAACCAAUCUGCCAGUAUAAAAGCAAGUUGAUUUUCAUACUGUAUGGUAAUGAAUGGAAACCAGUGGAAGCAUCAAACGAGGAUGAACACUUAAAUGAAUAGUUCAAAAAUUCUAUUCUGAAACAGAAGAUUAGUAAACUGGUUAAAAGUAAAAGAUAGAAGUAAAGUUUUUUUGUAGUAGAACAUGCAUAAACACUGACAUGGGCCUUUUUAGGUGACAAGUUCUUUUUAGCUUUGAACCCUUUAAUUUGGCUGUAUCAACACAGCUGAAUGUCUACAUGGUUAGUAUGUAAUGUCAGUAACUGUCCUUUUGAGGGGCAAUUCAGUGGUGUUAAAAACCUUUGGAUGGCUUUCUGAAGACAAUUCAUGAUGAAGGUAUUUACAGGUGCCAAGAGCCAAUAUUAUGUGCCAAAUCUUAACAUUUCACUGUUUUCAUGCACAAGUAAUAGUUGAAGGGCAUCAAACUGGGGUGGAUGCCACUAUGAAAUGUCAACAACUAGAGCUGAAGAGCUGCAACUGCUGAUCACUGCAAAAGUUAAGCUGUAACCAGUUUUUCUCCCCUGACAGUUUAGUUUACCGUCUUCAUGUCAGCAGAGUUCUCAGCUCUAUAGGAAAUUCCUCUCAUGUCAUUAUGAUUUUGUCAUUCACAAAUCCUUUUAAAGGUACUUAAAGAUGAUUUUGACCACUAGUAGUGCUAUGGAGCAAUGUUUUGUUUGUACUCUACAUUCACAGAAGCAUUUACAGGAGGAGGAUGUAAGAUUUAUAUGGUUGGUUUCACACUAUUACGCCGACCAAGGGAACAAUGCCUUUGUGACUGCAAGCUAGCAAACAUGGACGUAAACGGUGCAGGACUUAAAACAUGACUCAUUUAAUUAGCUUUACAAUGGUUUUAUGGGGAAGAAACUGCUCUCAAGGUGUGUGAGACUGGAGGGAUCCACACAGUGUGUUUUGGUGGGUAACACUAAACAGAACUUUGUUUACAAGAAAAUAUUACAAGUCACCUUAAGUACAGUUGUUCAUCCACUGUUGCUUAGCCUAUUACAAACAAAGACAUGUUUUUUUGAUGUAUGAAUUAGGAUUAUUUCCAAAUAGUUUUUAGAAAAAUAGAAAUACUGUAUUACACUUCUAGGGUUCUAAAAAAGUACCUGCCUGUAUGAGCAAGUUUCUGUUUUAGUCUACCUAUGUUGUAAAUUGGUCUCACUUCAAAUAAGUGUCACGGUGAGGAGCAGUAUUGAGCCGCUAUAGUGAGCACUACGUUAAGUUACAAAUGAAAGUUUUGCUCCAUUGCACAAAUUGUUCACCUAGUGAUUUUUUUCAUAGUUCAUUUGCUUGUUCUCUCACAGGUUUUGUGCAUUUGCAUACGAGGUAUCAAAAAACAUUAUUCAAGCAGUCCAGCUAUGAUUUUGUCUAUUGUUGCUAUUGUAAGUGAGAUUUUUCUUAUUGACAUUUUUACUUUGUUGCAGCAUUUGUGAUUUCACGCAUUGUAAAUGUUGUACAGAAUCAAGUUACUAUUUAUGUGCAAGUUAUUCCACUUAUUAAAACAGUCUCUUUGAGAGUUUUGACACAAAAUAAAAAAAAUCUGUGUUGUAGAUUGUAAUAUGAACUCAAUAAUAUAUAACACACUUUAAAAGUGUCAUAGCCAAAGUAUUUACCUGGAAUAAUAUUAAACAUGUUGAGAAAAUAUAGUUUGUCACAAGUCACAUAUUCAGUUUGAGUUCUUUUACUUGUGUAUUGCACAUGGAAUUAUGGGCGACCAUGUUAUACAAACUAGAUGUGUAAAUAAAAUCCAUUCGCUUUGGCAUGACAAA